AUGCGUGUUGUGAGAAGAGAAAGCAUCAUCUUGACUGUUGAGAGUGCUGACAAGCUGGACAAAAGCGGGAUUUGCUCACCUGGACAUCUCAGCAAUGUCAAUCGUAUUGCCGGAAAACUGCAGCUGGAGCAGGCAAAGUCUUCCGGUCCAAAGAAAUAUGGCCGCCGCGGCAAAGAGAAGGCAUCCUCUGAGAAUCUGACGGGCAAUGGGACGACGAAUAAGCCGUUGGCUGGGAACUCGUACCAGGCUGACUUAUGCUUGAAAUUCGAGCAGGACGUCUACCUGCGGGACGUCUUCCAGGGCCACAUUGCAUCUCCCGAUCAUGUCAAGUCAGUAGCUAGUAGCAACAAUGAGUGCUUCAACAACGUUCUUGUCAAACGAGGAGAGUAUAUCUGCUUCGAGAUCACCAAGCCCUCCAACCAAGCACUCACCAAGAUCCAUCAGCUUUCACGAUUGUAUUCACAAGAAGGCCUCAAAGACGACUUCAUUGGACGCGGCGCAACCAUUGCUGCUUUCGGCCUGAUUGUAAAUGGAAACAGGCAGAAAUUUGAAGAAACUGCGGAAAAAGUUAGGAAAUUUUUUGUCGAAGCAGCAAAGGACCAAGGAAGGAUCUCUGUCGUCUAA